AUGGCCAGACUCGCCGCGUCAAAGUCUGCUGUUCAACCGCAGAAGGUUACCAGGGCCAUCUUAGAGGAAAGAAAGGAGGCCGAACUUCGCUUGAGAAAAGAAGAAGAAGAGCGCGCUAAACUGGCUGCAGAAAAGAUUGAGGUUGUCGACCACCUCGAGGAAAAUGUCAACCAGCUGGAAAUAGGAACGGCCACGGCUCGAACGGUUGCAGAAGCCAUUCAGGUUCUCGGCGGUGACCGUGAAGAAAUCGAUAAACAUCCCGAAAAGCGAAUGAAAGCCGCUUAUCUCGCAUUCGAAGAAGCACAGUUGCCGCGCCUCAAACAGGAACAUCCAACAUAUCGCUUAUCUCAGCUAAAGCAGCUCCUUAAAAAGGAAUGGCUAAAAUCCCCGGAGAACCCGCUCAAUGCCAAACUUAUGGCUCUUUCUGCUGUAUGA